CGCUACUCCAUCAAGCGACUCCUGUAUACCAGUAAAAUCUCAAGCACCGAAACACUGAAAAAAUAAAGACAAAAUACAGAGAAGAAGAAACUUCAUCUGUAGCUCGAGUUCGCAUCUCCGAUCCUCCUUGAAUUUUCCAAUCGGAGAAAAUCAAAGUGCAAGAAAAUUGAGUCCUCGUUGAGUUUACUUUCUUCAAAAUGAUGGCUACAGACAGCUGAAUAAGGGUUGUACCCAAUUACUAAGCUUUUAUGCUGCUUUAUUGCUUGCUUUCUGCUCAAUGUCUAGACGAAAUUCAUUCUCUAGUGGAAAAUCCACUGAGUCAGUUGGAUCGUAUUGCUUCAUCCAUGGUCAUAAACCUUGCAAUGGUGAUUCUUCCCGUCCGGAUCUUGUGCCUGAUGCGAAAUGGUGGCUAAACCAUUAUGGGCUUGAGCAAGGGUACUCCCUUGACCAGCUAAAUGCAUUCGACAUGGAUGCUAAACUUUUGGCUGCUAACUACCUUAAGGAAAAACCGAAAUCGGACGGAGAAAGCAAACUUAUUGAGGAAUAUGUUAGUACUGACUCCAAAAAUGAUCCUUCUUUUUCUUCAGAGCACUUGAAGCAUUUGUACUCUCACUGCAAGAGUAAAGGAGAUAGCUGGUUGCUCGGAUUUGAAUCUGCCAUUAAUGAUCCCCAAAAUGCUCACUUCGCUGGUUUGGAGUCCUGCAAUAGCACCCUCUUUGAACAGCCGGAGAAGCUUUGUUCUGAUCUGGACUCGCACUGGAUUGGAGUUAAGAAGGUUGACCCAUGGUGGGAUGCAGUUGAAAAAGAUGAUUUGGCAUCCUUGACUUCCCCAAAUUCAUCUCACCAGAAUAGAAAUUUCGAUCAUCCAGGAGUUCAGUCUGUGCAUGGUGAAGGAGUUCAGUCCGUGCAUGGUGAAAGGGCUUCUGAAAAUGGUCUGUUGUGUUUCGACCAACGUGAAGAAAGAAUGAUGGAUAAACAGAUAAAACUCUCACGUGUGGCCCAAUGUACUCAAGGUGAUUUUGCUUCAGUGAGCAUUGUGAACCCACUCGGUAAACAAGGGUUAGCAGAUCCUGCACUGCAAGAGUCGGAUAGAAGUCGCAGCAGCAAAGUUGAUCAGAAUGCAGCAAAAGUGGACUCAUCGGAUACUCGAGUACAAAAUGGUGAUCUUAGCAGAGGCGAACUAUUAGAGGCACUCUGCCACUCUCAAAAAAGAGCGAGAGAGGCUGAGAAGUUGGCACAAGAAGCCUGUGACGAAAAGGAUCAUGUUUUCAAUCUCUUUUUCCAGCAGGCGUCUUGCCUCUUUGCUUAUAGGCAGUGGCUCCGCCUGCUGCAGCUAGAGACAUUAUGCCUUCAUCUUAGAAGCAAAGACGAGAUCACCUCUUUUACCCCGCCAUCUCUCUCACCUUGGGUCAAGAGGAAUUCGAGGAAAAACAGAUUCGAUGCUGCUGCUAAAAAGAAGGUAAACAGACGGAGCUGUAACGCUAGCAGAUGUGCCGUUGCUUUUGCAAUAGGUUUGGGUCUCGCUGGUGCUGGUUUACUCGUUGGUUGGACGAUCGGAUGGCUCUUUCCUGCUUUUUGAACUGCUGUUUUGUGUUCAGUAGAUAACUAGGGGGUUUUCUUUCAGUCUUAGGGGUGUAUAUAAUUUUAUUUCAUAGUUUUAAACUUUAAAGUGAUUGCUUUGUGAAAAAGAUUGUAAAAUAGAUGGGUGAUUGUGUAGAUAUGCAGUUGUGUAUAUAUGUAAAAGACCAAGUUAAUUAUCUGAAAUUAGAUUGUAAUUUUAUUGCAA